GAAAAAAAAAACGUUGACCAAUCAUAUUUAACCACGUUCUCCUUCGGAUUGUCUUUUUAACUGUUCCCGACCUUAAAUGUCUGACGUGGCGAUCGCUGAUUUGUCUGUAUAAGUCGUUUAAUCAGAAGUGCUGUCAACUAAUCCCGCUUCCGCUAACUCCGUCGCCGUAAGCUGUUCUUCUGAAAUUUGAUCUCGUUCCCUCCAUUUCCUCAAUGUUAGCCUUUGGUGUUCUCUAACAAAAGGGGGAAAUCCAGAAAUAGUGGGGGGAGUAGCUGAAAAUGGGAAUCAAAGAUCUUCUCAGAUUCAUGAAACCCUACAUUGAACCAGUCCACAUCAAGAAAUAUGCCGGAAAGCGUGUAGGAAUUGAUGCAUAUUCAUGGCUGCACAAAGGAGCAUAUUCAUGUAGCAUGGAGCUCUGUAUGGAUUCGAAUAGUGAAAAGAAGCUGAGAUACAUAGACUAUUUUAUGCACAGAAUUAAUCUUCUUCGUCAUUAUAAGAUCAUCCCGGUGGUAGUCUUUGAUGGCGGAAAUAUUCCCUGUAAGGCUGCUACUGAACAUGAACGCCACAGGAGAAGAACAGCUAACCGUGAAUUGGCUAUGGCAAAGCUUAGUGAAGGGAAUGUUAGUGCUGCCUCUGAGCUAUUUCAGAGAGCAAUUAGUGUCACUCCAGCCAUGGCUCACCAGCUGAUUCAGACUUUAAAAGCAGAGGACAUUGAAUUCGUGGUAGCGCCAUAUGAGGCUGAUGCUCAGUUAGCAUAUCUAACCAGACUUGAAGUGGAAAAAGGUGGAAUUGUGGCAGUGAUUACAGAAGAUAGUGAUCUACUAGCAUAUGGUUGUCAAGCUAUUGUCUUUAAGAUGGAUCGGUAUGGUAAUGGUGAAGAGAUAGGUCUAGACAAUGUUUUGAAAUCUGCGGCUCAUAACCCUUCCUUCCAAAAAUUUGAUAAGGAAUUGUUAACAGGAAUGUGUGUGUUAGCUGGCUGUGACUUUCUUCCUUCUGUUCCUGGUAUUGGAAUUGUGAAGGCUUAUUCCUUGGUUGCCAAGUAUCGGAACUUGGAUCGUGUUUUAUCAGUUUUGAAGUUAGAGAAAGGCAAUCAAAUGCCCGAAGAUUAUGCAAAGUCCUUCAGAGAAGCUUUUGCAGUUUUCCAGCAUGCUCGAAUAUAUGAUGCUUAUGCUAAGAAACUUGAACAUAUAAACCCUCUUCCGCAAGAACUUCUUGAAUCACUGGAUGGAGAGCUUGAUUUUCUGGGGCCAGACCUCCCUCCAUCGGUAGCCACUGCAAUUGCAGAAGGAAAGUUAAAUCCAACAAGCAUGGAGGCUUUCAAUGUGAGCCAGCCCUUGUCAUUGGCAGGCUCCACAAAGCGGAAGCUGCCACUGUAUCCUCCGUCCAAUCAAGAAAACUCCUUUUUAGUGUUCCCUUCUCAUAAAACAAGGGAAAGAGAUAGUACAGAAUCAUACAGAAUAAAGGAAGAUCCAGUUUUGACGAAAACGAAAUAUCUCAAAGAAGAUUCAGGGUUCAACAAACUUAUUUCACCAGCGGACACUCAUCAGGCAAUGGAAGCUUCAGAGAUUCCUCAUGAUAUCCAAUUGAAGGUUCCCAACAAUAAUCCAUUCAAGAAAAGAAAACUUGACGAGAUUCGCUUGAAGCAGACAAAUGAUGAAGGUGAAGAAAUGUCUGUUGUGACAGAGAAUAGCAAGAUGGAUGUCUUUUGCAGUCCACCUGAAGAUACUCUGAAAUUCUCAUGUAAUAAUUCUUUCCAAAAUGAGAAAGAAAAUGAAAUUCACUUUAACCAAACAGAUUGUGUGAAUGAAAAAAUCUCAGUGGUAACUGAGGUAGAAAGUUCAGACAUCUUGUUUGUCAACUGGGGGUCUCAGGAAAGCGUUAAUUCCAAGUCUAGAAAGGUGUCCAGUUGGAAAGCAAGAGGGAAAAGUGAGAAGUUGAAGAGCAUAUGCAAGAAUUCUGAAAGAAGGAAUGGUAGUAUAUUGAAUUUCUUUUCUCGAGUCUAAUCUGUCUUUUUAUUUUACAUAAUUUAUGGACCAAUUCAGGCCUUCUUUCUUGAUUCAAAAGUCAAGUUCUCAUGGAUGAUCAUCGCCUGCAAUUGGCUCACCAGUCAACCACAGCAUCAAGGUAAGUAUAAAUGAUUUAUAUAAUAUAUUGAAUUUGUAACUGAAAACAUAGGAAUGGUUUCUUAUU